ACGUGUGUCUGGACUCUUCACACUAGCGUAGGCUGGGCUGCAAUCAGCAUGCGUGUUUACUUCAGUCUUCACAGAUCCAACUGAACAAAGGACUACACAGUCUUGAACAAAGGAACAAUUUUUAUUGUUAAACUAUGAAGGCUGCAUUAAUUGUUGGCAGGGCUGAAACUACCUACAAGCUGGGCUACAAGGCACAAACAAUACCAGAUGGUCUCCCUUUCAAUUAAUAUUACAAUUCUGCAGUGAUUACCCGAAAUAUUGGUGGUAUUGAUCUGUGUUUGAACUUUGAUAUUACACAGAAUGUGCAAUUAUAUCCAGUCAGUUUAGGAGUGCCGAAUCUGUUUGAUGAUCAACUGAAACAAUUAAUGAUUGAAGUUUUCAUAAUUUGUCUGGACCAUCAAAUGGAAACAGCUGAUUGCGGGGAAGUUCAUAUAGUAUAAUAUGGUCAUUUCAUAUAUUAUUUAGCGUUUCAUGCUCUAUUUUAUAUUAACGCUGUGGGAAUGUAUGACAUAAAAUCUAUAAUCAUAUAUCAUAUAUAUAGCAUUGAAUUAGCUAUAGGAACGAUACCUAAGGCCUGUCUUUAGACCAAAGGUCCUGUUCAGAAAAUCUGACACCUAAGAGUCAAGGAUCUGUAGAAAGAGGGACCUGUCUUAACAUCAGAUACCUUGAACCUAGGGACUAGAUUUGAUAUAAAUCAAACAAUUAAGACCGAGUAACCUGAUUUUAAUGCAAAAGCUGAAAUCCAGGGAUAUGUCUUAAAUGAAAUGCAGGGACAGUAGUAAAGAUUCAUUUACCCUACUAGACACAAUUAAUUAAGCCCUAUAAGAAAGUAAGGAGCCUGACACAACAGAUAUGGGAAGUGCAUCUACAAAGUUCCGCAAACAUUUACAGACAGGGGAUGAGUAUGCGGCUCUACACCUCUAUAACAAUAGCUCUGAUUUGCGUAAGGGCCUUGACCCUAACAUAUCAUAUGGGGAUCAUUACAACCAUGAGACACCACUGCAUUAUGCGGCCAAGCAUGGGAUGAAGUCAUUGUUGAGAAUUUUCCUGAAUGAGCUCCAGGGGAAUCCUAACAAGAAGAACAGUCGCAAUGAGACCUCUCUCCACUGUGUAUGUAUGGCCAUGAAUGGUCAGAACUUCUCCGUGCAGCAGCGCAGACUUGAGUGCCUCAUGCUCAUCUUACAGUGGAAAGGAGCUACAUUGAAGGAUGGGGAGGUGGAGAAAGCUGAUCUUGGAGGACAGGAUGAGAAACAAAACACAGCCCUGCAUUAUGCUGCAGCAUCAGGUCUUAAGAAAUCUGUAGAGUUGCUUGUAUCUCAAGGGGCCCCUUUAUUUACGGAGAAUGAGCAGAAACAGACCCCUUGCGAUUGUGCAGAGAAAAAUAACCACAGCAACAUUGCGUUAUAUCUGGAAUCUAAGAUGGUAUUCUCGAAUGAGAGCGAAGAUGAACAGCAAGAAGAGACGGAUGAUAUGAACCAAUUAAUUGACACAAUGGAAGAUUACUGUGGACUGAGGGCUCAAGACUUACAAGAGGCCAAAGACCAACUGCUAGUUGAGACAUCUGACAUGUUACGUGUACCUCUUUUUACUGCAGAGGCCUUGCUAAGGAACCAUGAGUGGUCCAGGGAGAUGCUUCUGGAGGCCUGGAUGGGGGAUCCUAUAGCCUGCUGUGAGAAAUGUGGAGUCACUCCUCCCCCUAAUCUAUUUGAAGACCGUCCAAUGGCAGGCCCUCCUCAGUCUGUCGAUCAUGAUCUGACCACGCCUACUUAUGCUUCGGCUCCUGCUGAUGCUGUGUGUGAUAUUUGUGCUGGUUUAAUUGGCCACUCUGAAGAAGAGCUGGUCCCGAUGCAGUGUGAUCAUGCUUUCUGCCGAGGUUGCUGGAAUAGGUAUUUGACAGGGAAGAUCCAGGAAGGAGAUACGCACAAUAUAGGCUGCCCCGCUUACCAAUGUCAUAAGCUAGUUCCAGUGGAGGUAAUAGAGACAAUAGUUUCCAGAGACAUGGCACGUAGAUAUCUACAAUUUGAUAUAAAGGCAUUUGUCGACAGUAAUCCCAAUAUUAAGUGGUGUCCAUAUCCUGGGUGUGGUCGGGCUGUGAAGCUUCCUGAGGCGGAAGCAAGUACCCCUACCACCCCAAAGCCCAGGGAUCUGACAGAGACCUCACAUGCAGUGGAUUGUGGCAAUGGCCACUACUUCUGUUGGGAAUGUUUAGGAGAGGCCCAUGAGCCAGUGAACUGUGACUCGUGGAAGGAUUGGUUCACUAAGAUUUCAGAAAUAAAGCCUGAAGAAUUGGAUGGAACAGCGGAUACAUCUGAAUCAGCUGCAAAUUGUCUCUGGUUAGUGACAAACUCUAAACCAUGUCCUCAGUGCAAGUCCCCAAUACAGAAGAAUGAAGGCUGCAAUCACAUGAAAUGUUCAAAAUGUAAAAGUGACUUUUGCUGGGUAUGUCUCGAACCCUGGAAAAAACACAGUUCAGCCACUGGUGGCUACUUCAGGUGUAACAGAUAUGAAGUUGUGAAAAAGGUGGAAGAAAAUACAGAAAAUCUCAAAAGUGAUGCUGAAAGGAACAACAAAAAGGCCCAGGAAAUGAACAGAUUUGUUCACUACUAUACAAGAUUCAAGAAUCAUGAAAACAGUUAUAAAUUAGAAGAACCUUUGAUCACCACAGCUAAGGAGAAGAUGAUGGUUCUAGCCAAAGCCAUCACUGAUCCAGACACAGCUAAUAUAGAGACCAAGUUUGUAGAGGAGGGGGUGGUUCAAUUACUUAAGGCCAGGCGUGUACUUAAAUGCUCCUAUGCUUAUGGCUACUUCUUGGAGGAUACAGGUUAUAAAAAGCCCAUCUUUGAGUUCAUGCAGACUGAGCUUGAAGAAUGUACAGAGUCCCUGUCAGAAAUGAUUGCCCGUCCGUACCUACGUACCCCACGUGCCAAAAUAAUUCAGACUGCACACACAGUUCAGAGGAAGCGUCAUGAGUUUGUACAAGCCAUUGCUAAAGGUCUCGUACCUGCAGAUAAUUCUCCCUACAGGAAAAGGAAGACAAGAUUUAGCAUUGAUCUGGAUGAUGACUUGAAGAAGGCUCUAAUAGAGUCAUUAAAAGACCUAGAUCCACACAAUCCCUGGAUUAAGGACCCCACAGGACGCCACACUAAUGUUGCAGCCCUGCUUGAUUGGCCGGAGGAGAGUGAUGAUUCUGACACAGAAGUCUCCCCUGUCCCCAUAGCAACAAGUACCAGCAACCUUUCCAGUUCACCCCCUCCCCCAACUAACAACAAUUCAGGUAUAUGUGCACGAGGGGGAUGCAUGCGUCAGAAGGCACAGAACCCUCGUACUGGAACCUUACAUGACCACUGUAGUCUCAGGUGUAUGAGACUGGACAGGAUUGAGAAACAAGAGCUCAAAAAGGAGGGAGGGGUUCAACCAACCAGAGAGUUUGUGACAGACUACCAGAUAGACCUCCUGCGUGCCCUGGAGAUGUCCCGCCUUCAGUUCAUACGCGAUGACCAAACAGUAGCUGCUUCUGGAAGAAGGCCUGACACCCCUCCUGGUAACAGUCCUGUUUCGUCAACUCAAGAUAUCCCAUCAUCCUCUCAGAAGGAUGAUGUCACAAGUCCUGACAUCAGCGAUGUGGUGAAGUCAAAACAUGAGGGAGGUGUAGUUAAACGUGCAGUUUUAGAAAAUUUGGAAGACUUUGAUCGAGAGUUCAACAGAGCUUUGGAAAUGUCAAGAGAGGAGGAUAAUGAUCUGACAAUGGCUAUCAGACUGUCUCUACAAGAUUCAGGGGAGGAUGAUCUUGUUGCUGGAAGACAGAGACGGGUCCCUUCAAGGGAGGAGCUUCCCAUGAUAUCAAGUGUUGUGGCAAAAGUUCCAAACAAAAGUGUAGAGGACAUUCAUGAAGCUAGUUCUCAUGGUGAUUCAAGGGUACGGAGCACAUCUGUUGGAUCGAGGUCUCGCAGCGGGACCAUGGGGAGUGAAUUUGAGUUGCUAGGGGCAACUGGGGGUGCUGCGCCCCGACCACCGAUCAGUCCAAAAGUGCGAUUUAGUGACGAUGAAACUACGGAAGAUCAGGGUGAUUGCCUGUUCCCUCAAGCAGAUAUCUCAAAAACUAUAGAACAUACAUUGAAUAGUGUUAAUUCAAGCCCUUUUGGUUUGAUUAAGGAUAUCAAUGUCAGUAAUAUUUUUGUAAAAGACACAGAUAAAACAAAAAACUUUGAACAAAAAUAUUUUUUGUAUAACAACAAAAAAGAGGAUGGCAUAUUUGAGCCUCGUUUGUUGGACAGUUCCAACGCUUCAAACGCACAUGAGAAUGACCUUGGACUGCCCUCUGUAGGCAAUCCACGACGAGGUCGCUCUCGCGAGGAACCCAGCAUCAAUCCACAGUUCAGUUCAAUUGUAAUGAAAUGUCCCAACAGUGUGUCAGUGCUAGAUACAGUUUCUAGAUCUCCAUCUGAACUGGGCUCAUCCUUCUCAUUGGAUAGCACAGUUUCUAAAUCCUCAAAAAGAGAGACGGGUAGAACUGGUUCAUUCAGCUCUCUACAAGGUUCCAGUAGGAGUGGCAGAUCAAGCUUACAGUCAGAUGCUACAGCCAGGUGUCAGUCUGACCCCUUAAGGCAUGAUAAUACAGCUUUGGGGCCUGAUCAUACAGGGUUAGGGCCUGCAGCUCCUAUAGAUGUCUGGAUAAAGCAGACAACAGAACAAGUGAACCAACAGGCCCAGCAGACUCAACAGCAACGUGUGGAUGACACAUUAGACACAGCUUUGCAUAAUUUAACAACUCUCAGUAAUGAGCUCAACUAUACACAGAGCAGAGUGAGGGAUACAAGUUCUAGUCAGUCUAGUAGCCAACCAGACACUGUUGAGUUAGCUCAUAUGACUAGUUCUGGGUCAGAGGUCACCGGAGAUACAAGGUCAUGGUCAUCAGAGUCCAAUGAACAUGGCCAAGAGCAAAGUAAUAAUAGCUCUGGUAACAGUACUAGUAAGGGAGAUGCAGUGUUUGUAUAAAUGCUAGUGUUAUGAAUAUAUUUUCAUAUUUUUGACUUAUUAAGAUUGAAGAAGUCGUUGGGCUUAUUUAUUGAUAUGGAGAUGUGUGCAUGAUCUUGUUUAACAAGAUAGUACGUUUACUUGAGGAGUAAAAAUAAGAUUUAGUUUACUGCUUAUGUCUCAUAUGAUAGUUUCAAGCAUAAGAAUUAUGAAACAUAUUUAUGUUGUUUUAGUCUUGUUUAAGUUAAUAACUUAUACAUUAUUGUAAUCAAGGCUACACAAAUGGCCAGUGCUUCAAUUCUAUAACCAAAAUAAUGAUAAAUAAAAGAAGAAUCUCCAACUUGAAAUAAAAGCGAUUAAAGAUCACGAAGGCGUAAUAUUUUUGUUUGAAAUAUUUGAUCACAUUGAUCAAAUAAAAAACACCAAAAUUAUCUCAUGUAAACUGCUAAUUGAAUAUUAUUAGGUAUAUAGAGUUUUGUAAUAUUGUGAAAUGUAUUUGUGUUGUUGUUCUCAAUGUCUAGAUUGUAGACUUGAAUUGUUAGGAAAGCUAAAAUGAAUCAUCGAGGUAAAUACUUUAUUAAGGAUACACCAUUAGAAUAAGAAUUAAAGCAUUGUUUCUUUGUCAACAUAGUGUUAUAACCACCAUUUUUUUGUGAUCAUCAUCUGUAACAUUUGUUACAUUUUUUUCCAGGUGGUAACAUUUUGUCAUGUUAAUGUCUUG